CCACUUGCUUUAUUUAUGAGUGCCAAGUUAAUCUCCAGCAGGGAGAGACAGGGAGGGAGCAGGCUGCUGGGCUCUUCCUGCUGUUGAAAAUUCACCAGGCACUCAGUGGAAAUUUUCUUCCUUUCUUCUGCCCUGAAUGUUUCCCCAAACAUGAAGGUAAUAACUUUAUUCAUCUUGGUGGGAUUUACAGGAGAGUUCCAAGUUUUUUCAAGAGCCCCCACUCCAGUCACUUGCCAGUGGGAUUCCUAUGGAUCGUGGUCAGAAUGCAAUGGUUGUACCAAGACUCAGACUCGCAGGCGGUCAGUUGCUGUUUAUGGGCAGUACGGGGGCCAUCCUUGCGUUGGAAGUGCAUUUGAAACACAAUCGUGUGAACCUAUAGUAGGAUGUCCGACAGAAGAGGGAUGUGGAGAGCGGUUCAGGUGUUUCUCAGGCCAGUGCAUCAGCAAAUCUUUGGUUUGCAACGGGGAUUCUGACUGUGAAGAGGACAGCGCUGAUGAAGACAGAUGCGAGAACUCAGAAAGCAGAACUUCCUGCGACCUUGAUAAACCUCCUCCCAACAUAGAACUUACUGGAAAUGGUUACAAUGAACUCACUGGCCAGUUUAGGAAGAGAGUCAUCAACACUAAAAGUUUUGGUGGUCAAUGCAGAAAAGUGUUUAGUGGGGAUGGAAAAGAUUUCUAUAGACUGAGUGGAAAUAUCCUUUCCUAUACAUUCCAGGUGAAAAUAAAUAAUGAUUUUAAUUAUGAAUUUUACAACAGUAGCUGGUCUUAUGUAAAGCUUACCUCGGCAGAACAUACAUCAUCUAGUAGGAAAAGCUCCUUUUUCAGAUCUUCAUCAUCUUCUUCAUCUACUCAUACUUCACAUACCAGUGAAAUCCACAAGAAAAAGAGUCAUCAUUUGUUGGUUGUCCAGAACACCGUGGAAGUGGCUCAGUUUGUCAAUAACAAUCCGGAAUUUUUACAACUUGCGGAGCCAUUCUGGAAGGAACUCUCCUUCCUUCCCUCUCUGUAUGACUACAGUGCCUACCGAAGAUUAAUCGACCAGUAUGGGACACAUUAUCUGCAGUCUGGGUCCCUAGGAGGAGAGUACAAAGUUCUAUUUUAUGUGGACUCAGAAAAAAUCAAAAACAAUGGUCUUGGUUCAGCAGAUCUGAAGAGAUGUGCUUCCUCAAGUUUCAAAUUUUUCUUUACAUCAUCAAAGGGCAAAUGCCAAAAGCUGGAAGAGGCCUUAAAAUCAGAUUCAGGAACUCAGCUCAACGUGCUGCGAGGGGACCCGUUUGUCAGGGGGGGAGGUUCAGGCUUCGUGUCUGGUCUCAGUUUCCUGGAGCUGGACAAUAUUCCUCCUGGCAGAUAUUCCUCCUGGGCAGAAUCUGUGACUGGUCUUCCCCAAGUCAUAAAACAAAAGCUGACACCUUUGUAUGAGCUGGUAAAAGAAGUACCCUGUGCCUCCGUGAAAAGACUAUACCUGAGGCAAGCGCUUGAGGAAUAUCUGGAUGAAUUUGACCCCUGCCAUUGCCGACCUUGUCAAAAUGGUGGCAUUGCCACCGUUGAGGGGACCCAAUGUCAGUGCCACUGCAAACCAUAUACAUUUGGUGUGGCUUGUGAGCAAGGAGUCCUCGUAGGGAAUGAUGCAGGAGGAGUGGAUGGGGGCUGGAGUUGCUGGUCCUCUUGGGGCCCCUGUGUUCAAGGGAAGAAAACAAGGAGACGAGAAUGCAAUAACCCACUGCCCAGUGAGGGUGGGCGAUCCUGUAUUGGAGAACCAUCGGAAAGCAGCCCAUGCGAGCAUGAGGAGCUGGAGCAUUUGCGAUUGCUUGAACCACAUUGUUUUCCUUUGUCUUUGGCUCCAAAAGAAUUCUGUCCAUCACCUCCUGCCUUGAAAGAUGGAUUUGUUCAAGAUGAAGGUGCGAUGUUUCCUGUUGGGAAAAACAUAGUAUAUACUUGCAAUGAAGGAUACUCUCUUAUUGGAGACCCUGUAGCCAGAUGCGGAGACGAUUUACAGUGGCUUGUUGGGGAAAUGCACUGUCAGAAAAUUGCCUGCGUUCUACCUGCACUGAUGGAUGGCAUACAGAGUCAUCCCCGCAAACCAUUCUAUGGAGUUGGUGAGAAGGUGACCAUUUCCUGUUCACGUGGCAUGUCCUUAGAAGGUCCUUCAGCAUUUCUCUGUGGAUCCAGCCUUAAGUGGAGUCCUGAUAUGAAGAGUGUUCAGUGUGUGCAAAAAGAGGCCCCUUUGCCACCAGCAGUGCCCGAAUGUCAGCGCUGGGAGAAACUGCAGAAUUCAAGAUGUGUUUGUAAAAUGCCCUAUGAAUGUGGAUCCUCCUUGGGUGUAUGUGCUCGAGAUGAGAGAAGCAAAAGGAUACUGCCUCUGACAGUUUGCAAGAUGCAUGUUCUCCACUGUCAGGGUAGAAAUUACACCCUUGCUGGGAGGGACAGUUGCACUCUGCCUGUCCCCACUGAGAAAGCCUGUGGUGCCUGCCCACUCUGGGGAAAAUGUGAUGCCCAGAGCGGCAGGUGUGUCUGCAGAGAAGCCUCGGAGUGCGAGGAAGGCGGCUUUCGCGUCUGCGUGGAAGUGGACGGCGUGGAGCAGACGAUGAGCGAGUGCGCGGCUGGCGCGCUCAGGUGCCGAGGGCAGGACGUCACUGUCACCAGCACAGGGCCCUGCGCCGCGGGGACCCCGUAGGCUCCCGGGCCCCGGGCGGAAUCCCACAGCCCGCUGUGGCUGAGUUCAAACACACGUAACUGAGUGCUUGAGGCGACUCUGCCCGCCGGGGGGCCCCUUCCUUCUCCGGGCCCUGCACCGUCUCUCCCCAACGCCCAGCUGCGCGCACCAGCACAGCGCCCCCCGCCCCCCGCCCGGUUCUGCCAAACCCGAAUCCAGAUAAUAGGCCUUCUCUUCUUAUGUAAAGUGUCAGUCAGGAUGAACAACGCACACGAACCUGUGCAAGAGCUGACUGUGUGUGCUUGGACACAUUGCUCACUUGUCUGGACCUUGACUUUCUAAAUCCGAAAAUUAGAGGCUUAGACCAGAGAAACUCGAAUCCUCCGUUCAGCCCUAGGAUUCUUUAACACAUGAUCGACCCCACCCAUGGGCCAGAACACACUGUACAGAUGGAUUAGGAGAAGAGGUAAGAUGAGAGAGGUUGGCUUCGCUCAGGGAAGCUGAAUGCUUAGGGGACCGUGAAUGGAAAAAGACAGAUACAAUUAUCCACCCCAAGCAGCCGUCUCAGGCUUCCCCCUGUGACUCCAGCACCACAGGCAGGGAUCCGAACCCCGGAAAUGUCAGAACCACUGUGCUAUCCUCUCUGGCACCUUCUGCCUUCUUGUCUGAGCACAAAUACAAUCCCCUCUUCUCUCUGGGGCUUUUCUCUAGGGCGUGUCAAGCGCAAGAACUGCAGUUUGCCGCCUUUCCCCCCUUUUCUUUUGUAGGAAGCGUGAGUUCAUGCCUGAGCUAUUGAGAGAUUGUGUAUUUGACAGCUCAGUUUUCUCGCAUAUGAAUACAUGCUUGGAUUUUUCAGGGGCCGCACAGGUACAUCAAUUUGAGACAUUGGCCUUUUUAUUCCUUAUUCAUCUUUCUGCAAAACAAAAAAGCAGCUGUGGGAGAUGGAAUGAGUGGGCUUAAGUGGAAUUUAAAAUAUGCUUUCAUAUACAAAUAAUAACUGUACUUUUCUGGUACUGAUAAAUACAUUUCAACAAAAGCUUAGUUAAAACGACAAUGAUUAAAAUCUCAUUAAAGAUA